AUGUCCAACCCGAAGGAUUAUAGACUUAUUAUUGAACCGCCCCUUAAAGAUGGGAUUUUGACUCAUAAAUUAGAUCAGGUUAGCUUUACGGUAAGGCUGGCAAGCCCGCCUUUUCUUGUGAAAUACCAAUUUCAGCUAGUUGUGGUACUCACAGCGUUAGUGUUUGUUGUCAUUUCUUUAAACUUUUCCGAUUUGCUGAAUCGCAAAGUGCAAAGUGCGAUUGGAGCUUUGAUUAUUUUGUCGAUUUUUGUUUUUUUUGUUCAAGAGCCCGAAGAUUCGUUGAUUGUGAUGAGAGGGAUUGGAGCUCAGCUUAUAAGCAAGAGGUUAUGGGCAUUUCAGAAUUCCGGCAAGUUUUUACCGCUCAACAGUAUGAUUGAUCUUGUAAUUCAUGAAGGUUUCCACGAUUAUGGUCAAGUUAUUUUCUACUUGUGUUUCCUUACAAAGAGUACCACAGAGAUGCCAACGAAGAAAGAGGAUGCUAUCAAAGUUGUUUUUAAAGAGUAUCUUCCAAGGAAAGAGAUUUUGAUGCAAGUAUGGACAAUGAGUAGACUAUUAUUAUUUGGGGAAAACAGGAGGUAUUGGAGGAGAGUGCCUGGGCAAGGAUUGAGGCGGGUCCUGUGA